AUGUCUCCAGAGCUUCUAGAAUGCCUCGCCAGCGCAAGAACACUCAAAGAACAGGAGGCAAAGAUUCAGAAGUUUUUCAGCGAUUUUAAACAGCACCGGAGCACAGCACAGGACUUUGAGGCACCAUCGAUCUAUCCCGUGCUGCGGUUGCUCGUGCCCGAACUUGACCGCGAGCGAAAGUCGUAUGGAUUGCGAGACAAGAUGCUGGGGGAGGGGUACGUGCGAGCCUUGUCACUCGAUCGCAAGAGCGACGAGGCGAUCCGGCUCCUGUCCCAUCGGUCAGCCGGUGCAGAUCUCGCUGACCAGCUCCUCCCAUUGCUCCGGGGUCGCUGCCCGGAUCGGGGUAGGCUGAGCGUGGCGGAAGUGAACAAUCGGCUGGAUGCACUAGCGAACCAACCUGCCAAGGGUGUGGAAGCCGAGCUGAGCUAUCUGAUUGAACACUGUUCGCCGCUGGAACAUCGCUGGUUGGUGCGCAUCGUGCUACGCAAACUUCGACUCGGCGCACUGACCGCCAGACGCAUCCUGCAGCAGUACCAUCCGGAUGCGCCCACCAUCCUUGACUACACGGGCAACCUUAGCAACGUGGUGCAGCAGUUAGAGAAUUCGCCGGAGGGUAAUGACAUCACACUGCCGACGCCCGCCGCCGAGUCUUCCAUUCGGCUGUUUCACUUCAUCAAACCUAUGCUGUGCCAGAGGCUGGAGCUGCCACGGGUCGGAGCGCUGCUGACUCGUCACACUUUCUGGCUCGAGACGAAGAUGGACGGUGAGCGAUUCCAGAUUCACAAAGAUGGCUCCCGGUACCGGUAUCUGUCACGCAACGGGGUGGACUACAGCGAGACGUUCGGCUCGACAGCCGACCAGCUCGAUGGUACGUUGACGCCGAUGUUGGCGCAGCUGCUGCAGGAAACCGUCGUCUCGGUGAUUCUCGACGGCGAGAUGAUGGUGUUCGACCGGCGCACGCUGCGCUUUCGGGACAAGUGCGACGGCGGGGCCGACGUGAAGGCGCUACGGCCGGGCAAUGGUGAGCUGCGGGCAUGCUUCUGCGUGUAUGACGUGCUGCUGCUGAACGGGACGCCGUGCACCGAAAUGCCGUACGCGGAGCGAGCGGCACUGCUCGGGACGGUGUUCGUGCGCGAACAGGUCGGGUUCGUGGUGCGCUGCAGGAGGGAGCAGGUGCGCGACGCCCCACACCUGGUGCAGCUGCUGAACGAGGCCAUCGAUGCGCAGCAGGAGGGUGUGGUACUGAAGCGCGAGGACGCACCGUACCGGCCGAACCGACGGGCCGGUGGCGGCUGGUACAAGAUCAAGCCGGACUACAUCGCCGGUCUGGUGACCGACUUCGACCUGGUCGUGCUGGGCGGCUACUACAACGUGCACCGUUCGGCCGUGAACGUGCUGGUCGUCGGUGCGAUGGACGACGCGGGCCACUAUCUGCCGGUGGUGAAGGUUUCCAUGGGCCUAUCGCAUGCGCAGUGGACCGACCUGAACCGCUCGUUGCGUCCACACUGGCGGGAGGAAAAGCGCGGCACGACGGGGAAGGAAGGACCGGUGCGCUGGGGCCGUUCCGGUCCACCGGAUGUGAGCAUCGACCCGGCUGCCUCGAUCGUGCUGCAGCUGAAGGGAUCGGAGCUGGUACGCAGCGAGUCAUACGCCGCUGGAUACACCAUCCGCUUCCCGCGCAUCGUCGCCAUCCGCAGCGACAAGCCGCCCACCGAGGUGUGCCAAGUGGAUGAACUAAAACAGCUGGCCACCGCGGCACAAGAUCCUAAGAGCAUCGUCGAAGGGGACGCGUCCCGGAAAUCGUUUAAGCUCGCGAGCGGACACGUAACGCUUGAACAUUUCAUGCCAGAUUCAUCGAAACCGGGCCCAAGCGGUGGCCGACGGAAGAAGCUAACGGUCGCCACAACCGUCGGAGCGGGGAAGGACACCGCGGCUGAAGGGGGUAUCCUCGCGGGGCGCGAUAUUUGCGUGAUGGGCGGGUUCCCUGGCUGCGCUGAGAUUCGUGAGCUGGAAGCGCUGGUGUGCCGGCAUGGGGGUCGUGCCGUGGCCAAUCCCAGCGGCAACACGUUCGCCAUCGUGGUGACCAGCGGUAGGGAGACGUCGUUCAAGGUGCGCAAGUACAUCGAAACCGGACGCUACGACGUGGUCCGAGCCGACUGGCUGCUGCGUGCGACGACCAGCGACGUUGGCCGCCUCGAACCCUUCCGCCCGUCCGACAUGCUAGCCCGCACCGAGGCCACCCGACUGGCGCUGGCCGAAGCCUACGAUCGAUACGGCGACUCGUACACGCGCCCCGUCAGCCCAACCACCUUGACGGCGCUCCUGAACCACGACGCCGGCGGUAUUUGGAACGGCGUCCACCUUACCGAGCGCGAGCUGGUUCUCGCCGAGCGGACGCUGCUCGGACCGGGCACCGCUCGCGGUCGGCGUCUUUUCCGUGGCCUAACCGCCCGGCUCUACCUGCCGCCACCCGGGGCCCACACCGAGGGAGCGCCGGUAGCAGUGGGGAACCUGCGGGCCCGACGUGAGAUGCUGCGUUUCGUGGGUCAAGGUGGCCGAUGGCUGCGCGACACCGUCGCGGGCCCGGUGACGUACGUCUUCUGCCAGGCCGGAGCAACAGACGAUGAGCGAACCGUGCGGCGCUGGUUGAAGAACGUUGCCGCGGGAGGUGAGGGGCAAGAGCCCGACGACCCGGUGCCGGUGCUGAGUGUCGAGUGGAUCGGUAAGUCGCUCGAACGAGAGCAGCUGUGCGACGUGAAGGAUUUUUUACUUUCGAACUCACCUAACUAACUAACUAAAGCCGAAACCAAAGCAUUUGAUUGUAUCGGAACAUGUCAAUUUAAUACGUGUGAUUUGAACCCAUCUAGUAUGACACAUUUGACUCAUGAAGGGCUUACUUGGUCUCGGUUGGAAAUCGAACCCACCAGCCGUCAAGAUGGUGAGCUUCGGUGGCCUUAGGCUGAUUUUCUAAACCGGAGCUACCACUCGGCUGUCGCGGACUCGUGAAUCACCUCAUUAUCAUCAAAUAAACAAAAUCAUCAUUUCCUUAUUUAUUUUAUAUAGAAUAGUAGAUUAUACGCGGGGUCCGCGACAACCGAGCGGUAGCGCCGCUUCGAAAAUCGGCUCAUGAGCGCCGGGGCUCACCACCUCGACAGUGUGGCUUCGAAUCCCAACCGAGACCAGAUUCUUCCCUGUAGGAUAGGACUGACUAUCCACGUACACAUAGGGUAAACAGUCUAAACGGGGCAGGUAUGACCAACAAGGUCGCUAUGCUUAGAAGAAGAAUAGUACAACAUAUGUGGCUGAAAAGGGUGUUACGCCGAUUAGAAAACCGACACACAAGCAUCAACUC